AUGGAACCAUUUACCAGUAACUUCAGAAUUAUCAUUUUCAAUUUUCAGGCACUCAAGUUCACCUCAGGAAAACAUAUAGAGGAUAUGCAUGAACGAGAUAUCAAACAACAAGAAGGAAAUAAAUUGACAGAUUUGAUAUAUCCAACCUCACUUAAUUUUGAAGAGAGCCUGUAUCAGCUCGAAUUCGACCUUAAUGACAUGAAACUGUACAAUGCAUUGCAAUCAUCUCUCCUGGAAAGCUUCCACUAUAUGGAAAGAGGUGCCAGGAGCACACCCUCUUCUAUAACGUCUCCGCUCGGUGUCACUUGGAUGAGUACUCGUGGAGGAAGUAUGGUCAGAUGCCAAUCAAGGGCUUACUUAUUGGGAUUAUUACAAGUGCACCAAAGCUUUAUCCUGUACAAAUUGAGAAAGCUUUAUACUGUACAAAUUGAGACCCAAAAUCAAUUUCUCUCGAAGAGAACUGAAAAGGAGCAAAAAUGGCAUAUUGUUAGCAAGAAAUGGGCACUACGGGAGGCAAAUCUUGGUAGCUUCUCCGGGUGUCAAGAAUCGGUUUUGUUUUCUUUUCCAGAUCCUUCCUAUGCUCUGCCAUUUCUACCAAAACCAGCAUCAUCACAUGUCUUUAUUGAUUCCGAGGAUGUUAUUGAAGUCGUAUUAGGAGUAUCAGUUCUCGCCACAAUUUCGAUAUCAACAGAAUGCUACGGUCGGAUAUAUCGCCGUCACCGUCCAGUCGCCGGUGAUCCAAUUCCCACUAGAGAGUUGAGGCGAGAAGGAGUACGAAGAUUUUGA